AUGCCUGAAUCAAACCAUGAGAGAUCGCAGCAAUAUCCUGAAACCUUAAAAACACAGUUCUCUACUUCACUCUUAAAUCCAAAUCAGCAAAUUGAUUCAGUUGAAAAAAAAGAUAAUGAAGACUUAAGAUUAAGACCAGAGAAAACCAAGUUCAGCCAAAACAUGUCGACUGCCAAUACGAGUGAAGGGCAAUCCUGCGAGACGUCUGAUGAUAGUUUGGGAUCUUCUGUUGAUUUUAGGGGCGGCCAGAGAAUAAAACUAACGAGCCACGAGGUGAAAUUAAUUUUAUACCUUAUUGUUGAAGUAAAGCCAUUCAAAUAUAUUGGUAAAAGGUCAGUGAGCCAGUCAAAGAAAUGGGAGCUAAUACAAAAAGAAUUCUCAGACACAUUCAAGGAAAAAUCUAAUGAGAGAAAUGUUGUUCCUACUGUGAGGACAUUACAAAGGCAGUUAGCGAACGCAAUUAAAAAUGCUAAAAAAAAGAGAGAAAAUCGGGUUAAUAAAUCGGAAAAAAGCCAUGAAGAAGACUUGGGAAUAAUUUUGAAUAGCUUAACGAGGGAAAGCUCGAAAAGUGACUUGGAGAAUGCGAUUCUUAUGCUUAAUGAAUUGAGUGAAAAUAUCAAGACCGGUAAAGGGGUCAGUCUUAUCUCUUCUGAUUCGCAUGACAAGAACAACUCUACCUUAGCGAGUCCGAAGAAUUAUGUUGUGCAUAAUAUGAGAGACCACACUACGAAUAGCCCUGUGGACUUAGUUUUUCGAAAGGUUGAAGAAACUAGAACCCAAAUCAAUAGCCUUAUGAGUCAACUUGCGUCUGAAGGAACAAAGACUGGGGAUCAUAGAAAACCUCAAUUGAUCGAACUACUUGAUACUUUACUUCAAGACAAUAUCAAGUUCCAACAAACUAAUGAAACAGAAAAUAAACGACUUAUUCAGAGUACACAGGAUAUUAUACGACACCAAUUGAAUGAAUGCUGCAAUAUUCUUGAGGCAAACAAUAGAUUUCAGGCUGAACAGCAUGAACAGAACAAUCAACUCUUAAGAGAAUUGCUUAGUAGGAUAAAAGAUAUAGAUGGUAAUAAAACUUUAAGAGAUGAUACCAUCCCAGGCAAUACAUUAAAUUCAAUCUUGCUGUCGCUGGUCACUGAUAAAUAG